UGAAUCGGCUCAAUCAACUGUGGUAUUUUCUAAACCGUAAUCUUUGAGGUUCGGAAAGUGGAGGUUACGUUGGUCAUGUCAGGUAAACAUUAAAAUAGGAUUCAUUAUGUCUUUGUAUGAUGAUUUUGACAAGCAUCGGACUACGGAGAAGGUUGCGGGAUGGUCUUCCGGGAUUAAAUUAUUACAGUCGCAACUGCAGCUGAAAAAGGCUGCUACAACACAGCCAAAGCGUGAACAAUACAGGAAAGCUACUGCUGUACUGGCACCAGUGAUAGAUUUGAAAUCCAAAACUAACCGCGAUCUUGACAGGGAGGAUGACAAUGCUCAUAGCAAUCCGUUAUCUAGUGGCAGCGUGAGCAACGUGGGGGUAGGUGGUGAAUUUGAUUGGAAUGUGGUGAACGAAUACGAUCCUAUGUGGCCCAAUGAAUAUGAGAAAGUUGUGAAAGAGUUGCGCGACAUAAGGGACAGGGAACACGAUCAGGAGACAGAAAUGCGCAAGCGUAGAAGAGACAGUACUCGUUUUGAAGACACUCAGACUCCUGGUGGGAACAAUACGAUGAUACCUCCUGAAAGGGAUGAGGAGAGAACGCCGACCUCGCGAGGUAUAGUAGGAGGAGCUGCCAUAGCGCCACCGCCUUCCUUACAAGAACCUGCAGAUUUGCCACCCCCACCACCGCGGCAGCCCACUAAUCUCGGCUACUCAACGUCGUCUGUGGCAGCAAAAAUAAUGGCUAAAUACGGCUUUAAAGAGGGACAGGGUCUCGGCAAGAAGGAACAGGGCAUGUCGGUUGCAUUGCAAGUAGAAAAAACUAGUAAGCGCGGCGGUAGAAUAGUUGGCGAGAGGGAACAGUUAAUGCCUCCGCCACCACUUGUCACAGCUUCUCCGCCGCCAAUGCAAUCGCAGCCACCGCUGCAAUCGCAGCCCCAAGAAGAACCUAGCAUUACCGAGAUAAUGAAAUGUCCAAGCAAGGUUGUUCUUUUGCGUAACAUGGUUGGGCCUGGUGAGGUUGACGAGGACCUUGAACCAGAGGUGAAAGAUGAAUGCAACACUAAGUACGGUGAUGUUGCACGUGUUAUUAUUCACGAAGUAACAGAAGCUCCGGCAGAGGAGGCGGUACGAAUCUUUGUUGAAUUCAAGAGAAUAGAAAGUGCUAUUAAAGCCGUGGUUGAUUUAAAUGGACGUUUCUUCGGUGGUAGACAAGUCAAAGCAGGCUUCUAUUCUAGUGAGAAACUUGAUAACUUACAAUUGAUGGAUUAAUUUGGACUGUAAGAAUUUCUAACUUAAACAUUUAUUCUUUGCAAAUUGUGUAAAAAAUCUUUUAUAUCUCCACUGCAUAGUACUAGUGAAUCAUUGAAAAUGAACUUUUUCCUAAUUAUAGAAUUAUUGUUUCAAUAUUAUUUACAAUUAUAUAUUAUAUGAGACGUGUACUUGUCUUAAUCGACUUUGACAACGUAUGUAUAUAAAAUUUAUUUUAAAAAAC